AUGAGUUCAGACCAGGAUGUAGUACUCAAACUUGCCCAGGAGCGAGCUGAUAUAGUUGCUAAAUAUGACAGAGGACGAGAAGGUGCAGAGAUUGAACCUUGGGAAGAUGCUGAUUAUCUUGUUUACAAAGUCACAGAUAGAUUUGGCUUUCUACAUGAGGAGGAGCUCCCAUAUCAUAAUGCAGCAGUGGAACGGCAAAAGCACCUGGAAAUUGAAAGAACUACUAAAUGGUUGAAAAUGCUAAAAGGAUGGGAAAAAUACAAGAACUCUGAAAAGUUUCAUAGGAGAAUUUACAAAGGAAUCCCACUCCAGCUCCGAGGUGAAGUCUGGGCUCUACUUCUUGAGAUCCCAAAAAUGAAAGAAGAAACAAGAGACCUUUAUAAUAAAUUAAAACACAAAGCACGUAGUUGUUCACCUGAUAUCAGACAAAUAGACCUUGAUGUCAACCGCACAUUUAGGGACCAUAUUAUGUUUAGAGACAGAUACGGUGUCAAGCAACAAUCCCUGUUCCAUGUUCUUGCUGCAUAUUCUAUUUAUAAUACGGAAGUUGGAUACUGUCAGGGGAUGAGCCAGAUCACAGCUUUACUCCUUAUGUAUAUGAAUGAAGAAGAUGCCUUCUGGGCCCUGGUCAAACUCUUCUCAGGCCCCAAACAUGCCAUGCAUGGCUUUUUUGUCCAUGGUUUUCCUAAACUUUUGAGGUUUCAAGAACAUCAUGAAAAAAUACUGAAUAAAUUCCUGUCCAAGCUCAAGCAACACUUGGAUUCUCAAGAAAUUUACACAAGUUUUUAUACAAUGAAAUGGUUUUUCCAAUGUUUCCUUGAUCGUACUCCCUUUACGCUAAACCUCAGAAUAUGGGAUAUCUACAUCUUUGAAGGAGAACGAGUUCUUACUGCUAUGUCUUAUACAAUCUUAAAAUUACACAGAAAACAUUUAAUGAAAUUGUCUAUGGAAGAACUUGUAGAAUUUCUUCAGGAGACCUUGGCAAAGGACUUUUUCUUUGAAGAUGACUUUGUAAUAGAGCAACUUCAGAUUUCUAUGGCAGAACUAAAGCGGGCAAAAUUAGACCUUCCGGAACCUGGUAAAGAGGAUGAAUUUCCAAAGAAACCUUUGGGACAACUUCCACCUGAACCUCAGUCUACUGGCAUUAGUCUCCUGAGCAAUGGACAAAGUGUUGGCAGAUCAAGUCCCCAUAAGAUCAGAAGAGAGAGUGGCUCAUCACCUCACAAAAAGCCCGAGCAGUCCCCUCACCAGCAAGGCAGAAUUGGUACACCAGAAAGAGUGAGGCAGCCAAGCCGGGCAUCAGUGGAGGAGGACAGUAAAAAGCUUAAAGAUGAAGCAGACUUUCAAAGAAAACCUUCAUUGGGUCCACAAGACAGUGUUAGGCAAUAUGACCAUGCAUCUGCUAACCAAAAUAGCAAUGCUCUUUCAAAUAUGAGGAAGGAAUUUGUGCCCAAAUGGAAUAAACCAUCAGAUGUUUCAGCUAUUGAAAGAACUGCCAGAUACGCCACCGAAGGCAAAAGUCGAUUCGCACACCCCACCCUCACAGUCACCAUCCCGAGUUCUGCUGACUCUCGGGUGUCAAAUGCAAGGCAGAAGAUGAAGGUCUGGGAUGCCGAUGAAGGGAAACGGGGCUCGACUGCAUCACAGUAUGACAAUGUACCUGAAAACGAAAAUGGCCCGUCUGCUGAAGAGGCACUAGAAAGGGCUUAUUCUCAGAGCCCAAGGAAUAUUGUUUACACGCACAGUCCGCGGAAGCAUCCUGAGCCAACUUCUAGUCCAUCAAAAGUACCAAACAAGUUUACUUUUAAAAUGCAGCCUCUAAGUUAUGCAAAAUAUCCAGCUCACCUAGAUGGAGAAGAUCGGGGGCCCGUGCACCCCCCAUCUUACAGCAAUCCCCCUAUUUACCACGGAAAUUCUCCAAAGCACGUCCCCACCACUAACAGCAGCUUUGUGUCUCCACAGUUUAGCCACGGGGCUCAAAUGAAUCCUUCCAGGAGGCCUCAUGAUUCCACUCUUUCCAUCCAUGUUUCUCCAGAGAAAUCUCACAGCCGUCCAGCUCCUCUUGUCCUACCAUCUAGUCGCAUAGAAGUUCUUCCCAUUGAUAUUGGUGCUGGGAGAUAUUCAGGGUCACCAAAGAAUGGAAAAUUCAUCAUUCCUCCAGUGGAUUAUUUGCCAGGUAACAGAAAAUGGUCAGAAGUCAGUUACACAUUCAGACCUGAGAUGCCUGAGCAGUCAUGGACUCGGGAAGCUAACCGUAGCCACUUAAGCAAUUUAGCAAAAUAUUCUGCCUUUCAGCAUGUACCCUUUCAGGACCAGAGCCUCCCCCCAGUUUCCGUGGACGGUCCAGUGCGGUAUAGAACUUCCCCGGCCUUUGAAGACACCGGCUCCUCUGGGUAUCAGUAUUCAGGGCCCUCGGCUCCAGCGUAUCACUACAGAAACCGGGAUGGACUUUCUAUUCAAGAAUCGGUAUUGCUGUGA